AUGUCAUCACCAUCUUCCCACACUAUUCUCUGCAUUUCCACACCAUCACAAAUUGCUUCUUGUCUGGCAACGUAUCAAGAAUUACGUCCACACCUGAUAGAUGAACAACAAUUCGUUUUGCAAAUUGAACAUCAACAAAAACAAGAUGGUUUUAGAUUGAAUGCAAUUUCGAUCGGUGAUGAAAUUGUUGCACUCGUUGGAUAUAGAAUUAUGACAACAACUGCAUGGGGUAAAAUUGUGUAUAUUGAUGAUUUGGUUUGUAAGGAAUCUCAUAGAGGAAAAGGAUUGGGAAGUCAAUUGUUACAUUUUGUGGAUAAUUUUGCAAAGGAGAAUGGAUGUAAACAAGUUCAUUUGGAUUCUGGAUAUCAAAGAAAUGCAGCUCAUAAGGUUUAUUUGAAUAAUGGAUAUAUUUUAGGUUGUCAUCACUUUAUUAAAACUUUAAAUUAA